GCUAUUUCAUAAAUACGAGUUUUUGUAGAAUCAGUGCAAAGCUGGUAUGCUAUACCAAGAAGUAACUGCGUAAUGAAAUUUUCAAACCAUUGAAAUUGGAACGACAAAUUUUGCAAAGUGAUAAUACAGGUUAAGAUCUUGAUUUAUAACUAAGUACACUCGGUGAAGAAAGUAGUGAUUUGGCAAUAGAAUUAGCCGGUUAGGCACGACAGUUAACGUUGAAUAAUAAAAAAGGGGCUAUAUUAUCUCAAACUCAAAGAAUACUAAGAAGCCAUAUACAACUCCAGGAUGCCAAGUGACAUGAUAGAUCACAUUGAACUAAAGGGUGUUGAGCUUCAGCUUCCUUUGAUGAGAAACUUGUCAAAUAAUGAAUUAUACUCUCAGGAAGACAAGAUUGAGACUGAAACAGGAACUAUGUUUGUUGCUGUUCAAGGGGAGCAAAAUAAGCCAGCCAUAAUUACCUAUCACGAUCUCGGCUUGGAUUGUGUAUCAAACUUUCAAUCAUUUUUCAACUAUGUGGACAUGCGUGUUUUAUUACGAAGCUUCUGUGUUUACCACAUCAAUGCUCCAGGACAGGAAGAGGGGGCACCAUCUUUUCCAGAGGGUUAUGUCUAUCCUACAGUGGAUCAAUUAGCAGAGAUGGUCUUAAGCGUUGUCAAUUUUUAUAAUUUGAAACAUUUCGUUGGUUUGGGUGUGGGAGCUGGUGCUAACAUUUUGGCAAAAUUUGCUCUUCAGUAUCCAGAUUUUGUGGAUGGACUGUUUUUAGUCAACUGCACUUCCAGGGUUGCUAGCUGGACUGAGUGGGGUUACCAGAAAAUAAAUGCCAUGUAUCUACGAUCUUCAGGAAUGACAUCCUCAGCAUUAGAGUACUUACUGUGGCACCACUUUGGGAAGGUAACAGAGGAGCGUAAUCAUGACUUGAUUCAAGUUUACAGAGAAUACUUCUCAAAGUCUGUCAAACCCUUAAACCUUUCUCUGUUUAUUGAUUCAUAUAUCAGGAGGACUGAUUUGAACAUACAGCGAGAAUUGGAUACCAUGAAAAAGAAAUCAGAGCGAAGGUUUAAAUGUCAAGUACUGUUGUUGGUUGGAGCUCUAUCUCCCCACUUGGAUGACACCAUUGAAAUGAAUGGAAGGCUUGACCCUACUAACUCUUCAUGGAUGAAGCUUUCUGAUUGUGGAAUGGCCUUGGAAGAACAACCAGGAAAAGUGAGUGAAGUUCUGAGGUUAUUUCUACAAGGCCUGGGAUUUGCACUGAACCAGUUUCAACAAAGAUUGUCAAGCUCUUUGUCCAGCGAAGCUCCUUCUCUAUCAUUGAAGAAACUGAUUUUGUCUCGACAACACUCUUUAGAUGAACAGAAAAGUGAGUUCGAUCGAGACUAUCACCAGAAUGUUCAUAUUGUAGAGAAUCCAAUAGACAUGACCCUGAACACCACUACUCAUUUGUGAAACUAGAAUUGAGUCGUUAAACUGCCAUUUGCAGGGUAGAUAUUCUUCCCACUUUUUAAAGCAUAUGUUGGGUGAAUACUUCACGUAUUUGAUGCCUAUCAUAAGUAGAAUUUAUAAAUAGUAACUAAUACUGUAGUGCCCUAACACAGUUACUGCCUUCUUGCUUUUACAUUUAUUUUACCUGGUUGAGAAAUGACAACUUAAUUCCCAUGAUUGUGGUCUUUAGUGACCACAUGAUGUGUUUGACUAGCAAUUUAUAUUUAUUUGUGUUAUGCAAGAGAUGUUGUCUUGUGUGUUUAAACCCGUUACUCAUAAAUAAAUGCCUUUUUUUAAUGAAAAUAUAUAAACAGGUUGCAAGAUAAAAGCUAAAGUUAUUGUUCUGAUGUGAGAUAGGAGGUUAGUUUUAUUUUUCUGACUAUUUCUAUCAGUUAGAUAAUGGAUUCAUCAGAUUUGCAAGGAUGAUGUUCAAAAAAAUUUAAACAUAUAUACAUUUAUUCCUAUAUCUAUGUAUUUUGUUCAAUGCAAAAUAAAAGUAUCUGCUGUGUUUUUAUAAGAAUUAUAAUGCAAAACACAGAAGAAUCCCAAUUUAUCUUUCUCAAUGUUAUCUAGGCCAGAAUUAAAACUUUAAAUCUUCCUUUCAGAAACUAUUUCCUGAUAAAAUAUAAAACAUGUAUAAUCUGCACUAGAAAGUUUUGUUUUGGUUCUUUAUGUUAAACACUUGCUGGAAUCAAACAGUCAAUAAGUGAAAUAUUUAAAUUAUUAUGUCAUUGCUAUUUCAGGGGAUGUAAGGUGUAGACAGUGGCUGGUAAGAGCACCUUUAUUUCAUCCUCCAUACAAAAAAAUUAAAUUAUACUACUCAUAAUAAUGAUCCUCAAGUGUUUAAUAGUUAGUACCAGCCCACAAAAACAAGAUUUUUCAACCAUUAUAUUUUUUACAAGAUAAUUUUUCAGAUUGAAGGUUUUAUCUAUUUUAAAAUAACUUUUUUGAAAAAAAUUGGAAAGGAAUUUCAACACAAUGUGCUGAUAACUGAUGGGUGCAGAAAGAUAUAUGGUUACGUUGUACAUGUUCCAUUUUUGACGAAAAGUGAUCUUAUUAAAGUACUCUUGAUAUGAGUUAUUAAAAAGAAUCUGAAAAUUUUAGUAUUCUUUGGAUGGUGCUAAGAAAUGAAGUUGUUGUCUUUAGAAUACGUAUUGAACAAUGCCUGUAGUGCCAUUGUAGUAUUCUUUUGUAAAUAAAACAAGAUCUCAAACCACAUUUUAUUUAGAUAAGAAAGUGAAAAUAUGUAUGUUAGUGCAUAUAGUCAACUUUACAGUUUUCUGAUUUUUAUUUAUGACUUGCUUCUGUUGUAUUGCAUGUUAUUUACAUUUUUACUCUGUGAAAUAUUCUGUCAUUUUUGUUAUUCAUUAAAUAACUAUAACCAUUUUGUGGAAGACUUGGUCAUCUCAAAGAUGUUAUUUAUAUAAAGAAUGGUGUAAUGUGUAUAACUGUUGAAAUCUCCAAUAUACUACACAAAUUUAAGUUUUUGUUAUAACAUUUGUUAAUAUUUCUUUAUAUUAAACUAUGUUCUUACUUCUGUGAUUCUCUAAAAGCAUAAAAUUACUAUUUCUCAAAGAUUAUCUUCUUUUGACACUUGAUACUUAUAAAACCCCAGGUGUUAAACAUUACCAUUCUAUAAGUUUUUUCCUCAUCACCUCUUUCCUUAUCUCUAGGGUAUCCUUUGCAUUUUAAUCUGUUAAAUAUUUAGAAUUGUGUGCUAUAUGUAGUUAAAACGUAUAUUAAGGUAGUAGAAGAAUAAAACUUGAAAGUGAGCCACGUGA